AUGACCGAGACUAGUACCUCUGAGACGCCUGUGACUGCGCCUAUUGUAAAGGAAUUUACACUUGAAGAUGUCAAGUCGCAUAAUACGGCAGAAGAUUGCUGGAUGAUUAUUCGAGAUGAGGGUAUUCGCAAGGUGUAUGACGUAACAGCAUUUCUCAACGAUCAUCCAGGUGGACCUGAGAUUAUGGUAGACGUGGCUGGAAAGGACGCGACGGAAGAGUUUGAGGAUAUUGGUCACUCAAAUGAUGCACGUACGCAGCUAAAGAAUUACGAGAUUGGUCAGAUUAUUGGUGACACCAAGCAACAGACACCCACCAAGACCAGGACCAGUGGCACCACUUCAUCGGGCCGACAGGACAUUAGCGGUCAGAAUGGUCCGCUGUAUGCUAUUUUGGCAUUUGUAGUGGCCGCUGCUGCACUCUACCUUAAAUACCAGUAA